CACCCACCCUUUCCCCCAGUUUCUUUCUCUCCCGCCUCCCCCUCCCCCCGCCCCUCCCCCUCCUCCCAGGACCCUCUCCCCUGAGCGCUCGGCCGGCACCGGCGGCUGGGAGUCAUGCGCGGCCUCUCCGGGCUCGCGGCGCUGCGGGGGCUGCUGUGCGGCGCGCGGGCCCUGGGCCCCAGCCUGCUCGCGCGCUCCUGCUCGGCCCCCGAGCCCCCCUCUUCUACAGAAGGACCCUCCUGGACCCGGGAGCGGACACUGGUUGCGGUGAAGCCAGACGGGGUACAGCGGCGGCUAGUCGGGGAUGUGAUCCAGCGCUUUGAGAGGAGGGGCUUCAAGCUGGUGGGGAUGAAGAUGCUGCAGGCCCCAGAGAGGAUCCUUGCUGAGCACUACCACGAUCUGCAGAGGAAGCCCUUCUACCCAGCCCUCAUCAGCUACAUGAGCUCCGGCCCGGUGGUGGCCAUGGUCUGGGAAGGCCCCAAUGUGGUCUGCACCUCGAGGGCCAUGAUAGGCCACACUAACUCUGCCAAGGCUGCCCCUGGCACCAUCCGGGGAGACUUCAGCACCCACGUCAGCAGGAAUGUCAUCCAUGCCAGUGACUCCGUGGAGGGGGCCCAGAGAGAGAUCCAGCUGUGGUUCCAGAGCAGUGAGCUGGUGGACUGGGCAGAUGAAGGCCACCUCAGCAGCAUCUACGCAGCCUGAGCACGCAGGCACCCGCAGUCACCCUGGCAUCCACUCAGGACCAGCUACCUCUGUCGACAAGAACUUGAGCUCACACCCACGCUCUGCCCAUCUGUCCCAGACCACCUCCCUGUCCACCUUCUGCCCCACUCCAGCCCCAGAAUG